UACUCCAGUUGAUUUUCCCCACUUUUCGUCGCCAUCCUGAGAGCGCAGUAGAGGAGGAGAAAUAGCGGACUCUAUCGGAGUUUUUUUCAGUGAUGUGUUUCUAGGCAGCGGGACCUCGUGGAAAGAAAACGUUCAUUUUUUUAUUUUAACGGACUCUGCAUUUCGGUUGUGCUUGGAAAAGCCGCAGAGUGAUAUUUGUGCUCGAGAAAGAGGGCGGCGUGAAAGGAAAACUUUUUGUGCCAAGGUGAAGAAAUCGAGUUUUGUUGUUGCGAACGCGUCCGUAUAAAGGCAAAAGUUCGGGAUGUCUCUCUCGGUACCUCAGAACGGUGUAAAAGGGGAUAACGAACCCGUCAUCGAGCUUUUUGUGAAGGCGGGCAGUGAUGGAGAGAGUAUCGGCAACUGUCCAUUUUCUCAGCGUCUCUUCAUGAUCCUGUGGCUGAAGGGUGUGGUCUUCAAUGUCACCACUGUGGACCUUAAGAGAAAACCAGCUGAUCUGCAGAAUCUGGCCCCAGGAACCCACCCUCCCUUCAUCACCUUUAAUGGAGAGGUCAAGACCGAUGUCAACAAGAUCGAAGAGUUCCUAGAGGAUGUCCUCUGCCCUCCAAAGUACUCUAAACUUAGUGCCAGACACCCAGAAUCCAACUCUGCAGGGAUGGAUAUAUUUGCCAAGUUCUCUGCCUUCAUCAAGAAUUCCAAACCUGAUGCCAACGAGGGUUUGGAGAGGGGACUGCUGAAGACCUUGCAGAAGUUGGAUGAGUACCUGUGCUCUCCUCUGCCGGAUGAGAUCGACCACAACAGCAUGGAGGAAGUAAAGGCCUCCACACGCAGGUUCCUAGAUGGUGAAGAGAUGACACUGACUGACUGCAACCUGCUGCCCAAACUCCACAUCGUUAAGGUGGUGGCAAAGAAGUACAGAGGCUUUGAGAUCCCUAAAGACCUGACGGGCAUCUGGAGGUACCUGAACAAUGCCUACAAGCGUGAGGAGUUCACCAACACAUGUCCCAGCGACAAGGAGAUUGAGAUCGCCUACGCUGACGUAGCAAAGCGGCUUGUCAAAUAAUGGCUCAAAAUCUUCUCCACUCCGCUCCCUGCGCUGGGACUGUUUAUUAUCACAUGAGAAAGAAAAAAACAAGCUAUGGACUCAAUGCAUGAUUUCUCCUUCCCCCGUUACAGCUCUUUAGGACAUAUCAAUCAUUUUCAGUGUGGCCGAGAGGCUGUUGUCACUUUUUUUUGUUUUCAUUUUGUCUUAGUUUAAGUGUUAAAGCAGGAAGUGCCGGAUACUGUCAGUGUAUCGAUGGCUAAUAGUGUGUGAGCAUGUGACUCACGCAUAUCUAUUCCUCUCACCCACACUAUGUAGCAAUAAGAGUGGGUUCACCAGCCUUUUGUUUUAUUAUGAAUUUAAAAUAUGAAAAAGAUGCUUUUUCUAAGCUUGCAAAGCCAACAGUUAUGAAACAUUUUUUGGUUUUGUUUCUAUCUAAACGCAUUUGAACAGUGUUGAAAGCUCCAGUGUUUAUUUUCAGAGUUUUAGAGAGCAGUGGAGCACUCUGAACACACGAAGUCUCAAAAGACCCUUUAUCGAAGUUUGAAAUGAAGUGUAUAUUGACUUGCGUUGAUAUCAGAAGGCUGACACUUAAAUAUGAAGUUCAUAUCAUACACAUUAGUCAUCAGUUGUUUGCAAAAAAGGCACCUUACAUACCAUGUAAAUUUGCAGCACCUGUGGCCUUUUGAUGAAGGAAAGACCUCUUUAAAAGAAACUAUAGAUACAUGAAGAUAUUCUAUAGAUCUGCCUUAUUCACUCUAGAUUCAUUAUUUAACAUAAAGAGUGCUGCACCAUCAUAACUGCAUUCCACGGCAUGAAACGCAUGAAGGGAAUCUUGUGUAGCUCUAGAGGUAGAACUGCAUCACCUGCACAUCACAUGAAGUGUCCUUAACAAUUUGAAUAGUAGCAAAAUUGGAUUUUCUCUUUCUUUCUUUUUUUUUAAAAUAAAUGGUUUAAAUAGAUAAAGAGCAUCUCAUUUAAAGAAGCUGAAUUGUUUUUAAGAUGUGCUAUCGAAAGAAGGAUGCCUGUAUAGACAGAAAAAUGGCUUCAUAGCCUUACCAAGAUAGUCUACCAUGUUUGAUUAAAGGCUCUGAGUAAAAUACUGCAUUUUAUGUUGAUACAGCGUUGAAUGCAAGCUUGUAGUUUCUGAUUUGGAAAAAGAUAUUAAUGAAAGUUAUAUGUUGCCAUAUGUUUUUUUCCAAUUCUUUUUGUGAUGGAGAAUUAUAAAUAUUGUUUUUGGUUUUCAGAAAUGAAUGUGCAAGUUGUAUACAUUCAUAAACUGAAUGUAGAAGAAUGACACUGACUUGUAAUGACUCCUCUGGCCUUAUACAUUUUCUCAAGGUAGCAAAAAAGAAAACGUUAAGCAUUGAAUUAAAACUCAAAUAGAACAUAGAAGUACAAAGAAAUUAAAGGACAUUAAAAAGAGACAAAGUGAGUGAAUUGAGGCACAUCUCUCUGCUGUUGGAAAUGAGUGAGUUGCUGCCCUGUGGGAACAAAAAAACAGGAAGAUUGUGUUGCAGAGGGACUUGUUUUCUUUUUCCUCUCCUCUGUUUAUGCCGAUCCAUUAAUGGAGUGGAUGGUUGAGUUUUGUUUUUUUUAAUCCGUGAUUCAGUUCAGACCAGGAGAUCGUUGGCACA